AUGAACUUUCAGGAUAUUCCUUUUUCUGUCAACUGCCACCUGAUCCAGCAGAGAAAGGAGCGCGGGACUAGGAACCCACUACAUGUUACAUGCCUACCAGUUGGUAUUCCCACUUAUGCUGACCAUGUCCUGACAGAGGAGAAUUGUGGCCCCAUUUCCACUUAUUUGCAGGAAGCACGUGCAGUCAGAGAAGCCAGGAGGCUGAGUGGACCAGCCUCUUUUCUACAUCCCAGUCUAGACAUGGGCAGUACAGACUGUGAGAAGCCAGUGAAAGGCAAUAGCUUCUUCUUGGCCAUGAACUUCCAGGUAUCCAGCAUACCGAGCCACAUUAAUCACUGCAUCAUACCUAGUGAUUUGAUUCUUCAGAUAUUGCUUAUUAAAACAGCUGACAGCCUACCAAUUUAUUUGGAAAGAUCUGCUCAUUGGCUUUAA